CAAGUUAAAUACAUACGUCAUGCAGAUGGUUGGCGUAUAUUUUUCACCCAAUCAGAUGAGACGGUCUUAAGUUUUUCAUAAUUGACCUUUACCUUUCUUUUUAUGCAGAUGCUAGAUCUUGAUGAGAAAAUAAGACUUCCUGAUAAACCUGAAUUCGAAUACUUUAACAACAGUACCCCUCGUUUCUGGGAUUUCCUAUCUUACAAGGAACACAUCAUAGCUGGGGCAGUACGUCCACCUCGAAAUAAGAAAAUAAGAGCAAAGUAUGUAACAGCCAUCAAGGAUAUUGGAAAGCUUUCGUGUGUCAAUAGCGAAACAAAAGAUUACUUGGAAUCUUUAAUCAAACCUGAAGAACCAGAGAGUGAUAAAAAAGAAACUCAAGUAAUCAAUCAAUACAUCAACUAUGGAAGUGUUGGAAAGCAAGGCUCCAGUCAAUCUGACAAGAUUAGCAUAAAUAUUGAUAGCAAAAACAAAAAGAGAAAACAUGACGAUGCCAAUCUUUCUGAAAAAACUGCAACAAGUAUCGGGACUCAAUCCUCAUUUACCACAGAUGAAACUACAUCAUAUAAGCCAAGCGAAUCGUCAAUCAACUAUGGUGAAGCACUCAAAACCAGCAAGUAUACCUUGACUUUAAAUGAACUAGGCAUGGCAUAAAACAAAAAAGAGCAUGUCUAUGAUAAUACCAGUUCAUUAUUUGAAAGACUGGCUGUUUCUUCAAUAAGUUACAAUACAUGUCCUUCUGAAGCUCAUCAAGUUAUACCUACGAUGUUAGAUGAAGGUGAAUACCAUAAAAUCAAAGACUGGCGAACGGUAUAAUAAAAUCAGAAAUCCUUUGAU